AUAAGUGUAUUGACAUUACAAUGUUGUUCAACAAUAACAACAAUAAUAAUAAUAAUAAUAAUAAUCCUAACAAUCAUUGGCUGUCAACGCAUAACAUGUAUUACUUGUAUGUAAUGUCACGCAAACCGAUGAAACCGUGGCCACAGUUAAGACAGUCAGUAAAGAGUUCGCACCGAAGGUUCGGCGAAAUCGGACUCAAAGUACCGUUUAUGUUCAAUUGGCGCAACCAAUUGACCGGCGAUGACGAUGAUGACCAUAACAAUACCCGACUGAGGAUCUACUUCUUGUCCGCGUUGAACAACUCGCCAGAGAUUACGCUACUCUACUGCGACUACGACACGGAAGCCGCGGCGGCCAUAACAACCACUCCGACCACCACCACCACUACACCAAUAGUGGCCGCCAACCGUGCGGCCAGUGUUACAGUGGCUAACAAUUACGUACCUAUAGAUCUUUCGGCUGCGGCCAACUCGACGACGACGCCGACGACAACAACACUACUACACGAUAUCGAUGCCAACCACUCGCCAGACGAUCGAUUAAUGUCCAGCGAUAUGAUUGUCGACGGUGUCAUCGGCGGCGACGACGACGAUGAGAAUGAAGAGUUUAUGCCGAUGCGACCGCUGACUGUUCACCGACAGCCCAAUAUCGGACAUCAUCAACAACACAAUAACCUUACAUUUAAUCGGUUAGACUCUGGCGUUGCCGCCGUCAGUGAUGAAGACGACGACGACGACGACAACAACAACUAUCACAACGAAGAAACGUCUGACGACUCGCAUCGACGGCUACACUGGCGGCCAUUGAUCAGUGCAUUCAAGUCUAGCGGCGCGACGACAACAACAACUACUUCGUCGCCGCUCGACCUGAGCAUCGAUGGCCAUCAACAACAACAACACCAGCGAACCGGUAGUUCACGCGAAGAAAAUCUACAACUGGAACGCAAGCGUAUGAUGUUUACCGGUAUUACGUCCUACGAAUAUCAGGCCAAAAGUGGCCGAUUUGUUUUCGCUUCGGGCGACACACUGUACUGGUUUGACGAUCCCGUCGGUACGGUUGUUGCUGCCGAUAGUGUUCCGCCAGCGAUAUCAUCGUCUCCGCCAUAUAUACCGAAAAAGUUGGAUUCGACCACAACGUUCACCAAAAUGAAUCCACAGUUGUGUCCAUCGGACCCGAAUUUGUGCGCCUAUGUAGCCGACGGCGACUUAUGGGUGUGUAAUCUGAAGAGUGGACUCGAGUUUCGGCUAACAGAGACCAAGUUUGAUACAGAUUCUGGUGCCCUAUCGGCCGGUUCGCCGCCGUAUGUCAUCCAAGAAGAGUUUAGCCGCUAUACGGGUUUCUGGUGGCGACCGGACAACGGUUACGACAAUAUUGAUCAAACCGGUGACGUUAGCUAUAGCCUGCUGUGCGAGUUUGUCGACGAAAGCGAGGUAGAGAUGGUCAAGAUAGCCAACUGGGACGGCAGUGUCGAGGAGUACAGGUUUCCGCGGGCCGGUCAGACUAAUGCCGAAUCUUCGCUAUCGAUUGUAACAUUUUCGUUGAAUACGACAACACAACAGAUAGCCGACGUCAAGAUUGCAAGUCUACCGAAAUCGUUGACCGAAGUGUUUCCCUCAUACGAAUAUCUAGUGCUGGCCGGUUGGCAUUCGUACGACGCUAUUUGGGUACAACUGUUGGACCGUAGCCAACAGCAUCUAGUCCUGGCCCUGAUGUCCCUACAUAGCCUAUUUCCGGCCCAGAUUAUCUACGAAGAACGGUCGGCCACUUGGAUCAACUGUCACUUUGUCUUACAUUUUUUCAGUUCAAUCGCCAACGACUUGUCAUCUUCGGCGUCCUCGCCAGCGUUGUUGUCGGAGUUGACGGUAGGUUCGCAUUUAAGAUUUAUCUGGAGCUCCGAGGAAACCGGUUAUCGACAUCUCUAUCAAAUUGAAGUACAAUUAGUUGAUUCGAUGACCACCGCAGCCGCCGCCACUGUUACCACUACCGGUGAUAGUGGUACCGAUUCCAAUGAUGAGAAUAGUAUGUCCGAUAACUGUUCCACAUCGCCGCCGCCGCCGCAAUCAUCAUCAUUACCACAAAUACCUCUAACGCCGCAACAAAUAUCGGCCAUUGCUGACGAUGACUAUAACGGUGCAAAACAGCUUAAACUAGACGAUACAUUAGGUUUAGAUAAUAGUAGUAUUGAUGAAGAAAAUACUGGUCCAUUGGGCACUGGUAGUCAUAAUAUUAGUCAGAAUUCAUCAAUGAAUAGCUCACCGUUUGACUCGUUGGAGACAAUACGGGCCAAACUGAUUGGCAAAGUACAGCUAACCCACGGAAACUGGGAGGUCAGCGAAAGUGAGGUAUGGCUGGACGAAAAAAAAUCGCUGGUCUACUUUACCGGACUCAAAGAGUCGCCACUGGAACGACAUCUUUACGUUAUUUCACUAAACUAUCCGAAACUUCAACCAAAACGGUUGACUGCCGAAGACUUUUCGCACACAACGAUUGCCUUCAAUCAUGAUUUUACACAUUUUGUCGACAUUAUGUCCAACAUUACAAUACCGCCGUUUGGCUAUCUCCAGAAACUGGUCACUACCACUGCCAAUGCUAGCCUACCGGAUGUCCAAUCGGAACGUCUGUUUCUCGGUACUACUGCCAAUCCGGGCGAAGAUGGCGACCAAAUUGAUUUGCUGCCCGGUAUGGCUGCACCCCAGCUGUUUGACUAUAGGCUCAAAUCGGGUGAUCUUAUCUACGGUUUUAUAUUCAAACCCGAAUGCAUGGAAGCGGGCGUAAAAUAUCCGGUACUAUUGGAAAUCUAUGGCGGACCCGAAGUGCAAUUAGUUAGCAAAUCGUUUAAAGCUGUCCGUCACUGUCGGCGCCAUUUGCUGGCAUCGGAAGGCUAUAUUGUUGUUGCAUUUGAUUCGCGCGGUUCGAAGCACAGGGGCGUCAAAUUUGAGGCUCACUGUCGCCAUCGAUUAGGUCAGGUAGAGAUUGCCGAUCAAGUGGAAGCACUGCAAUGGUUGGCCGAAAAUACCGAUUUCAUUGACAUGUCACGCGUGGCCGUACACGGCUGGUCGUACGGUGGCUAUCUGUCACUGAUGGCAUUGGCCCAGCGGCCCGAUAUAUUCAAAUGUGCCAUAGCUGGUGCACCGGUAACCAAUUGGCAACUGUACGAUACGGGCUAUACCGAACGCUAUAUGGGUACGCCGGCCAACAAUGCCGAAGGCUAUCGGCUCGGAAACGUUAUGACACACAUUAACUCCUUUCCCAAUGAAGAGAACCGUUUACUUAUAAUCCAUGGCCUUAUGGACGAGAAUGUCCAUUUUGCCCAUACUGUACAAUUAAUACAGGCGCUGGUCAAUGCCGGCAAACCAUAUCAAUUGAAUGUAUAUCCAUUUGAACGGCACAGUCUACGACACUCCCAGUGCUCGGAACACUACGAAACUCUAUUAUUAUCAUAUCUACAGAACAAUUUAUAGCCAAAUUAAUCUUCAAUCAAUUACAAUCAUUAAAUUUUUUAAAUAAUAAUAAUGCAUUUUUUGACUGUCGGUUAAGUCAAGUCAAUCGAGAGUGUAGACUAAAGCAGGACAUGGAUAGCCCGUUCCCGUUUCAGCCAUCACCACCACCACCCCUGUCCACCACUGCUUCCAAAUGUGUGUGUGUGUUAAUCAUCGAUAGACUUAACUAACCAUCAUCAUCAUCAUCCAGGUCAUUUUUUUUAAAAAAUAAAAAUUAUCAAGCUCAUGCCUCUCUAUUACAUAUAUACGGAUGUUUUCUCGUAUAUGUUUGUGUUUCGGUGGACCCGGAGCUACCUCAAGCUACAGCAGUGUUAUUAGGAGAGAGAGAGAGAGAGAGAGAGAUAACAGUGCCAAUUGUGGUUGUUUUGUGCGAUAGAUCUUUUUUUUAUCUACCCUUUCCCUAAACAUUUAUCCCAUUCCCUGACAAACGUUAUGCGUUGGUGACGGUAUUAAUUGAUUGAUUGAUGUUUUGUUGUUGUUGUUGUGUGUGUAUGUAUGAUAUGUCUGUAAA